ACGGAGACCCAAACACGCUCUUGUUUUCUCGCUCUCUCACAUAGCUUGUUAUGGCUCUAUUUUGACUCCAGUCGGAGAAAUCAACUAUUAGACUGAGUUGCUAUUUAUAGUUGAUUAGAUUCCCUACACAGAUUCAACUCCCAGCGGGAUUAGCCAAAUUUUUGGUUGAUGCUCCCAAAUUUUCAGAAAUAGCUAUGAUGUGUGAUAAUCGAAAUAGCAAUUCCUAUGGUGGCAAGAGGGUGAGGAAGGGAACGGGUUUCAACUGCAUGAUCGCGAUGAUACUCUGCGCCGUCUGUUUACUUCCGAUUUGCGUUUCCGCAGUGAAUUUGCGGUUCGGAAAUAAUGGCGAAUUCAAGAUAUUGCAGGUGGCGGACAUGCACUACGCAAACGGAAAAAGUACGCAUUGCUUGGAUGUCCUUCAUUCUCAGUAUGCUUCUUGUUCUGACCUGAACACCACCGCUUUCAUUCGAAGGAUGAUCCUUGCUGAGAAACCCGAUUUAAUUGUUUUUACAGGGGAUAAUAUCUUUGGAAAAGAUGCCGACGAUCCUGCGAAAUCAAUGGAUGCGGCAUUUGCUCCUGCAAUUGAAUCUAAAAUACCUUGGGUUGCUGUUUUGGGAAACCAUGACCAGGAAGGAUCGCUCUCUAGAGAAGGGGUGAUGAAGCAUAUUGUUGGGUUGAAAAACACACUGUCUAAAGUCAACCCCCCAGAAGUAAACUUCAUUGAUGGUUUUGGAAACUAUAACUUGGAGGUCCUUGGGGUUGAGAACUCUGAACUUGGCAACAAGUCAGUUCUUAAUCUUUACUUUCUUGACAGUGGAGAUUACUCCACCGUCCCAUCUUUAAUCUCUGGCUAUGGUUGGAUCAAACCCUCACAGCAACUUUGGUACCAAAGAACGUCUGCAAGGCUUCAGAGAGCAUACAAGGAUGGACCUGUGCCUCAGAAAACAGCUGCUCCCGGUCUUGCAUACUUUCACAUUCCUUUACCAGAAUAUGCUAGUUUCCACCCAUCAGACAUCACAGGUGUGAAACAGGAGAGCAUUGGUUCGGCUUCUGUGAAUUCUGGCUUCUUCACAACCUUGGUUGAAACAGGAGAUGUCAAGGCAGUUUUCACUGGCCAUGAUCAUGUCAAUGACUUCUGUGGUAAGCUACGAGGUAUAAAGCUCUGCUAUGGUGGGGGAUUUGGAUAUCAUGCUUAUGGAAAGGCUGGAUGGUCAAGGAGAGCAAGAGUGGUGGUUGUUAGUUUGGAUAGAAGAGUGAAGGGCAGUUGGGGAGAUGUCAAGUCCAUCAAAACAUGGAAGCGCCUUGAUGAUCAAUCUCUAACUACCAUUGAUUCUCAGCUCUUAUGGAGCAAGAGCUUUGGUCACAGGUAGACGUAGGAGAAAACAUCAUGUCGGUUCACGGUUCUUGAAAAUCUAUAACAUUAUCUUGGAAGUCGGAUAGAAAAUAUGGCACGAGUCCUUGUCUGAUUAAAUUUUACACCUAGAAGUUUUCUGUAUGUCACACCUCUCCAACAGACAGAAGCAAUUGCAGAAGUUCAAGAAUACAUGAAAGGAACAGAAGUUGGUGGGGAAUUUUUCUUUUUUCUUUUUUUUUUUUGAUACACAGGUGGGGAAUGACUGUAUUGCAUGCUAUGUGAUUAACUUCCCGUAUACACCUCAAUAUAGAAAUAAUUUAUUUUUUUUGGUGAGAAAAAUAAUGUAUUUAAUAACACUGCCUUUGGAAUUUUGUGUGUCGAUGCUUUGA